UUUUAGGAUAGAAUCUGUGGAGUAUUGAUGUUUUCAAUGAUGAUUAAACUAUACAUCACAGAUUAUAAUCUUUAUCACCAAAUAAUACGUACUCGUGUAUGGAAAAUGAUGUCUGAUUGGGAUGAGAGAGAAAAACCGUGAGAAAGCAGGGCUAGCAUAGGCUAAGGAAUGACAAGAGCAAAAUUUCCUCUUUGGAACACACAGCCAUGAGAAAAAUCACCCAUUUCAUCAGCAAAUAUGAGC